ACAUAUAAGUACAUGAUUUCUUCCUCGGAUCUUUUCUGAGACUCGCUUCAAACUCUGCAAUCGAUUUCUUGGGUCUCCGUCUCGACUCUUCUUUCGAGGACUUCUUUUGCCUUCCGCUUGCUUUUUGUGUUCUGAGAUCGUUGUUUCUUGUAGAUUUCUGUCCUGAGGUCUUUAACUAUCAUCUAAAGCUCGAUGCAAAAGCAAAAAAGCAGCAGCUUUAGCUGAUCGGUAUCGUCAAAAAUCGAAAUUUUUGGAUCCCCUGAGCUUACCUCUUCCAUGGCGACUGGUUGUGUUGGAUUUUCAGAGACUCGUCUUCUCAGACGCUCUUUGCGUCUUUUGAGCCUUGUAAAGUUCUAAUCUGUAUUCUUAGGGAUGUGUAGAUGAGGACUCUUCACCGUCUUGUCCUUUUCCUUUGUUGAAGCUGCACGCUGUGAAUCAAACCAUUUGCUUUUGACCCUUCACCUUUGGUGAGAGAGCGGAAGUGACAUUGUUAGGGGGAGUCACUCUUUGAGUGCUUGUGGAGAUGGAGGGAGUGGAAGAAGCUAAUAGGGCAGCCGUGGAGAGCUGCUACAGAGUCUUGAGCUUAUUGUCUGAGACCCAAGACCGAGCUUUAGCUUACAAAGAUCUAAUGGCAGACACAGGGAAGGCUGUUUCCAGGUUUAACAAGGUCAUUUCCAUGCUCAGUAAUGGUGUGGGUCAUGCAAGGCCGAGGAGGCUCCACGAUCCCCAACAACUCCACUUCAAUCACGGCAUCUUCUUGGAUAGCCCAGCGGUAUCCAGAGCUGACCAAUCUCCCCUGUUACUCCAACUCCUCCCAGGAAACCUACCACAGAAGCCAGUCAAUGAGUUUGGCUCCACUGCCAACGUCCCUUCACGAACCCUCCCAAGAACGGAUGCUGCUUCUUGGAUCACUCCUCAAGCUGCCCUCAGCAAUCCUACCCUCACCCACCUUCAUUUCCUCCAACAGCAGCACAGCAGCCAAAUGUUCCAGCUGAAGCUCCAGAGCGCAAUGUGUGGGAGAAGCAACAGUGGCAUGAACCUCAAGUUUGACAACUCGAGCUGCGCUGCGACUGUGUCGUCGUCCAGGUCCUUCUUGUCAUCCCUGAGCAUGGACGGAAGCAUGGAUGGGAAGGCCUUCAACCUCAUCGGCGGCUCGCAGUCGUCCAAUCCGAUGAACUGGCAGCUACAUAACAGGAGGAGGUGCACCGGAGGCGGUGAAGACGGCAAUGGCAAGUGUGCGAGAACAGGCAGGUGCCACUGCUCAAAGAAGAGGAAGCUGAGAGUGAAGAGAACCAUUAAGGUUCCUGCUAUCAGUAACAAGCUUGCAGACAUCCCUGCUGAUGACUACUCAUGGAGAAAGUAUGGGCAGAAGCCGAUCAAGGGUUCUCCACAUCCUAGAGGAUACUACAAAUGCAGCAGCAUGCGAGGAUGCCCGGCAAGAAAGCAUGUCGAGAGGUGUGUUGAAGACCCGACAAUGUUGAUGGUGACUUAUGAAGGGGAGCACAACCACGCCAAAUUAGCGACUCAGUCUGCCCACACAUAGAGGUCGGUCGAGGUUUCAUUAGCAUCCAGUGGAAACGUUUCUUUCCAUCAGUACUCUCUGCAAGCAGCUUAUCCUGUGAAUAGUCCUGUGUUCAAGAAAAGCAGAUCAUGGCAUAGUAUUAGCUACAGAUACUUGGGUUAUAAUAAGCAUCCAUGAGAACUAUCAUUGAGACUCUGUUAGCUGUUUGAAUCAGGCUCAUUUUGGGACUUCCUGUAGUGCUGACCUCUGCAGAAGAGACUAACUGGAACGAUAGAGUCAUUUUGCACAAACCUGUGAGUUAUUUGCAUCAAGUGUGGGUUCUGUGUACUUGAAACAACAGUGAAUUUAAUUUUUAUCUCCAUGUUGAGCAUCUCAGCUAUGCUGUAUUAAAUAGAUAGAAUGUUCAGCAUGGCUUCAUUUUGUUUUCCUCUGAUCAACCGGUUUGCUGUUCCAUUGGUACAAUAUAUAUUUCUGUUUCA